AUGUUUGGUUUGCUUUCAAGCAGACCGAUAACGAAAGUUCCAAACUACGAUGAGAAUGAUUCAAUAGAUCUCCAGAUCAAGUCACUCUUGUAUGUAUUCAAGAGACUACAAGUAAACAAGUUCUCCUCGUUCUAUAGACAAGACCCGGUACUGAAGGAAUACUCAUUCAAGUACAUAGCCAGCUACAGUGGGGGCGAUUCAUCAGCUUACUAUGACAAGUUGGAUUCAACUUAUAACCUUGAAGGAUUUAAGGGAAUACUAUUACAUGAUGAGUAUAGAGUGAUGAUUGACUACGGUAAGAAUAAAUAUAGAUCGCUUUGCAUAGUUUCUGAGCUCCCCAGCCCAAACCUUUCUCGGCCAGGCUCGCCAGUAAAGGGGGAACCAACAUCAACUACUCAUAACAACCAUUCGGCAGGGGGAGAGGUAUUCCCUCCCAUUGUUGACUAUAAGGACAGACCUGUUAAAAAUUUUGGGUUUGUACAUCUCCCAUGUGAAAAUAUCUCGAUUGACAUGAUUUGUAACGUUUUGGCACAUUCUCCUAUAUAUGUGGAGUACGUUCAAAUCGGGUUUACCUCGCGGUACCAGUAUGCUAAAGAGAGUGUGGAAGAUGUAGUUGGUACCGAUAAUAACAAUAAUAUCAGUAAAAUGACAUUAUCCAAGAGACAGCAUGCAUUAAUCAUUCGGAAAUACUUAACAACCUUGGCUUUCAAUGUCCAAUUGAGUCGAAUAUAUGAAGAAUAUGUAAGGCAAAGUGCCAGCAGUCCACUUUUACCGCUGCCCCUGUUCCUGCUGCCACAUACGCUGCCUCGAAAGGUAGCAUCAUCAACGUCAUUAUCUCGAACAUCGUCAUCACUCACCAAAAUUGAAAAUCCUGCCAUACCUUCACCUUCCAGCCCAACUUCUCCCACAUCGCCUACUACUAUGAGGACGUUAAAAAGUAAGCCUUCCAUCUCCAAACUUAAGCUCAAUGAGCUUUAUACUCCAGUUAUGCUGGCGCCUUCAUCAGUAUCAAACACACUGGAAUCGCCUGAAAAGAAAUUUGAGAUUCAACUUGACAUUUGGGAGAAAUGUAAGAACGCUGUGAACGAAAAGAUUCUAAGAGAAAGAAGACUACUUGCCGUGCAAAGAGAUCGCUCGUAG